GAAAUGGAGAGUCAUGAUCUCUCACCCUCUCUCUCUCUCCUCUCCAUGUAUGAAAGCGUGACAAAGAGAGGAUAUACAGAGAGAGAGAGAGAGAGAGAGCAGAUGCUGUUCGAGUGUAGACAUAAACUGCCGCUAAAAUCGCCGCUAAAACCGCUGGCUUUGCAAAUGAGCUGUUUUCCUUGCCUGAAAUCUCGCCGCAAGGAAGCGAAUAAGAUUGAAGACAGUGCUCGGAUUCACUCCAAUUCUGACAAUGGGAAGGGAAAGACGGAGUCCUUGGACAGCAGUGGGAGGAGGAAGAGGAAGGAUGGUCGGAGUGCGGCGCGUAGUUUUACUUUCCGGGAGCUUGCGAUUGCAACAAAGAAUUUCAGGGCUGUGGAUUUGAUUGGAGAGGGAGGGUUCGGACGGGUUUACAAGGGGCGGUUGGAAUCUGGCCAGGUUGUUGCAAUCAAACAGUUGAACCGGGACGGGCUUCAGGGGAAUCAUGAAUUUCUUGUGGAGGUUCUCAUGUUAAGUCUUCUGCACCAUUCUAAUCUUGUCAACUUAAUUGGGUACUGUGCUGAUGGAGACCAGAGGCUCUUGGUUUACGAGUACAUGCCAAUGGGUAGCUUGGAAGAUCACCUGUUUGGUAACUCUCUUGAUUAUCUGCAUCCAGACAAAGAGCCACUUGAAUGGAAUACACGGAUAAAGAUCGCUGUUGGUGCCGCUCGAGGGCUUGAGUAUUUGCAUGUCAAAGCAGAUCCACCUGUUAUUUAUCGGGACUUGAAGUCUGCAAACAUAUUGUUAGACGGGGACUUCAAUCCCAAGCUUUCUGAUUUUGGACUUGCUAAACUUGGUCCUGUCGGCGGUAAUACACAUGUUUCGACGAGGGUGAUGGGAACAUAUGGUUACUGUGCCCCAGAAUAUGCCAUGUCUGGUAAGUUGACUCUCAAGUCUGAUGUAUACAGCUUUGGUGUGGUUCUGUUGGAGCUUAUCACAGGACGGAAGGCAAUCGAUAAUUCCAGGAAUGCUGGAGAACAGAAUCUAAUCACUUGGUCACGUCCUUUUUUCAGGGAUCGGAGGAAAUUUCUUCAAAUAGCUGAUCCUUUAUUGCAAGGCCAUUAUCCCAUCCGAUCUUUUCAUCAUGCAAUUGCCAUUGCUGCAAUGUGUCUACAAGAGCAGCCCAAAUUCCGCCCUCUUAUUGGUGAUGUAGUUGUUGCGCUCGAGUACUUGGCUUCUCAACCGUAUCCCUCAGACACUGAUGGUGGGAGACGCAGCCCUCCGCCAUCAUCACCUUCCCAACAGGCCACUGGCACGUCUUCUAGAGAACGUAGCAUUAGAAAGGGUUCCACAUCUGUCUGAAGGCAUCACUGGAGGAGAUUUUGGUAAAUCAUACAAGGGGAUCUCAGCAUGCUUUCAGUGUCAUGGUUCAUUGGUGUUGGCAGCAAAUAAGAGGGCAGGAGUUUCUCUGGUGGUUUCAUGUACAGGUGUGCCUGCAUGCAUUGCUGUUCAUGCGUUCAUGCAUGCUCCUGCAUGGGCAUAUACCCGUCUCCCCAUGUCAUUGGGUGUGUCUAUAAAUGCAAACUUGUAACCACUUGCCUGUUUACCCAUGUAUGAAAACAUAAAUGUGUGCAUAUAUCUGCAGUACAUGUGAACUUGUGUAUGAAAACAUGCAUGUCCAUUUGGGCUUUGAUCACCAUGUUGCAGUUACUAUAUAGCAAUACUGUGUCUUUAUGUAAGUAAAAAUAUACAUGUAUGUAUGUAGAAGUGUAUGUACACACGGGAAUUGUCCAUGAACGGCUUUGUUUGUUGAAAUCAGGAGAUUGGUUUUGAGCA